GGGAGUGCACGGAGCUGCCAGCAGCUGGGCAGGGCAGGAGGAGCAGAAAAGAAAGCACAAAAAAGGGAAGGCGGCAUAGCAAGAACAUCAGAGAAAGGCACGGCACAGCGAGAAGACAAAGAACAAAGGGCUUGGGCAGGGUUUUUCUUCUUUUCCUUCUGUUUUCAAUCCUGCUUUCCGGAGGGAAAUGGGACAGCAGUUCACCAAUGCUGAAGGGGAGCAAGGAGAGAUUGAUGUUGCAGAGCUGCAGGAAUGGUAUAAGAAAUUCGUGGUGGAAUGUCCCAGUGGGACCCUCUUCAUGCACGAGUUCAAGCGGUUCUUCGGGGUCCAGGACAACCAGGAGGCAGCAGAGUACGUGGAGAACAUGUUCAGGGCUUUUGACAAGAAUGGGGACAACACCAUUGAUUUCCUGGAGUAUGUGGCUGCCUUGAAUCUGGUUUUGCGGGGGAAGCUGGAGCACAAGCUGAGGUGGACGUUCAAAGUGUAUGACAAGGAUGGCAACGGCUGCAUAGACAAACCUGAGCUGCUGGAAAUCGUUGAGUCUAUCUACAGGCUGAAGAAGGUGUGCUGGUCGGAGGUGGAGGACAGGACCCCACUGCUGACACCGGAGGAGGUGGUGGACAGGAUAUUUCAGCUGGUGGAUGAGAACGGGGAUGGGCAGCUGUCCCUCGAUGAGUUCAUCGAUGGAGCCAGGAAGGACAAGUGGGUGAUGAAGAUGUUGCAAAUGGAUGUGAACCCCGGGGGAUGGAUCAUUGAGCAGAGGAGAAAGAGUGCUUUGUUCUGAGAGAACGGCUCUGAGGUGAUGCUGAGUCCCGAGUGUGACCCUUCCUCUAGCCUGGUAACGACUUUCCUUUUUCAUUCCACCUCAGCAUCCCGAUGAAAACCUGAGUGGUUGAAGGAGCCGCCUCUGAUGUAAACCCCACGUGCUGAGCACCGCUGGUACCCAGGGGCUGUUUCUGGCCCAUGAAUAACUCUUGCUGUGCACACAGUUCUGUGUUUGCCAGCUCUGCUUUUUGGUUACACCCCAAGGAACAAACUUCUGGUGGCUUCCUGCAGCAGAUCUGAGCAGGGUUUGGGCUGGGCAGUGAGGGAUGGAGCCGGGGGUUCUGUCUCAGUGCAGACUGGUGCUGGCACGGCUCACUCCUGCCCUUACAGCACCUCAGAGCAGCACAGGAUGGCUGCUGGAUGCUCAGGGGGUCUCUGGGUGUGUUUUGUAGCCUUUCCUGCUGCUGGUGUCCAACAUAAAACCACCAGAAAUGAGAAUUGGAUGGGAGCAGUGGCCAGGACAGCACACAGAGCUGAGGGAAACAUCCUCAGGGCUGGGCAGGAGCAGCAGCAGCUCCUUCCUCCCCCUCUGGGGACCAGAGGCUGCUCCUCCUGCCUGCCCGAGGCCCGGGGGCUGGGAGAUGCUGGCUGCAAACGCUGGCAUUGCCCAGCCCCGCUCAGAGCACAGAUGUGACCUUCACAGCCCCUGGUUCUCAGGAAUCUUCCCUCUGGAACAGCUUUUCCUGUCCUGGGAAGAGUGGGUGAGCCCAGGAGCUCCAGGGUUUUCACUGCCCUGGGGAAAGCUUGGUGUGGGAGCAGGGAAGAGCAGAGUUGUGCUUGGCAGUGUCUCUGCAGUGGGAGGAUUUGUGCUGCUCCACUGGCAGGACCAGAACCAGAACCAUGGAUGGUUUGGGUUGGGAGGAACCUUAAAAAUUCUCAGUUUCCAAGCCCCCUGCCCUGGGCAGGGAUGCCACAUCAGAUUGCUCCGAGCCCUGUCCAAACUGGCCUUGAAAAGUGGAAAAAGUGACAAAAAUUCCAGUACAGUGGUUUUACACUGGACUUAAUUUAGCCCCAGACUACAGAUACAGAAUUUACACAAGUUGCAGGCUGGGCUCUGCUGUUCUAACCCGUGUUUCUACAUAGAUGUAUGUGGGAAAAGAGUUUGGGCUGAAUCAAUAUUUUGGUUCACCUUUACUGGAUUUACUGCUUCAUUCCAAAGAAGAAAACCCCCCAGGAAAAUAACAUGAGCUUGUCUGUUCCAUUUUAACUUUCCUGUGGGAUCAGUGGGCCAGGUCAUACCAAUGAAAAGAUUUACAACCCCUUUUUUUGUGGCCUUUAAUUAGGACUGCAGUAGCUGUCAUUAGCUGAUUAGUGUGCUGGUUUGUGGUCUUGUCAGUUUUCCCAGUGUUUAAACUCCAUGGGGAAGUGCUCAGGAUUAGACACAAUCAGUGCUGGAGUUCAGAUGGUGCACAUUUCCACUUGGAAAUAGCCUUUCUAUGAGUUCUCUGCAAACACUGAGCAGUUUGUGGCGUGCUGACUUACCAGAGCUGAUUAGGCUUGUGCCUUCUGCUGCUCUGAGGCAGCUGGGCAAAGCUCUCUCUGCUCAAUAGUUUAUCAGCUCCAGAUCUGAAAGAAAAAUCUGACUUCUGACUUGAGAGCCUGGAUGAAAACAUUCACAUGUAUUGAUUUUCCAGCUUGUGAAAAGAUGUUUUCACUGGAGGGUACAAAUCUCUAAGAAUUCAUUUCAGCAUCUCAACCGAGGUAACACCCCCUGCUGCUUGCACGGAUUUAGAGAGGCUGUUUAGUUCGUAGAAUUGCAUUUUGCUGCUUCACUGAAAUGCUUGAAACGCUCCAAUUCUGCCCACCAGGUCAGCCCAGGCUCGCAGGGGCUCUUUGGUCCAGCAGCCCUGCCCUGGUGAGCACUUGUACAGAUGUUGGUAGGAGUUUUGUAAAACACCA